AUGGCCACCCACAGACCCAGUCUGACGGCCUCGCAGCCCAGCAGUGCCACCGGCAGAGGCUCUGUUCUUUCCCGACGCACAUCCGACUUCAAGCAGCAAAACACCACUCGCCGAGCUUCAAUAUCUCGAGAAACUCCAAUUCCCAAGACCUCUAGGGCCACCGACAGCUUAGAAGGCCCCCGUGCCGGGGGGGCGGAGGCUGGCGGGGAGCUGCUGGUGGAGUUGGAGGAGACGGAAACUUUGCUGCUGUUUAGUAAGGCCUCGAGCUGCGCAGUGAUGGGUUCUGAAGAGCAGCAGCAAAUUGCUGCCAGGAACAAGGCCUACGCAGAGCUGCUGGCAGCUCGUGCUGCAGUGCCCCGCAAGUUCAAAACCGCCCACACCCAAACCCUAAACCCUCAACAAAAACUCAAAGCUGUCGCCACAGACUCCAGCGCCCUCCUCUCUGCUGCAGUGGCCGCCACCCCCGCAGACAUCCACGACGCGCUCACCGCCAAACCCCGCAAACCACUGACGACUUCAGAGACACUUGGAAAAAAGCAGCAGAAGAGUUUGCUGCUGAGGGUUAGCCCCAGGGACAUUCUUAUCUCUGGACUGGCGACUUUGCGCAGCGCGGGACCGCCCGCGGCCUUCAGGCAGCGCUGGGGGCUCCUCGGGGGCCCCUCCAGCUCCCCACAUGCUUCUCUUUCGCGCAAGUCCGACUUUAAUGCCUCUCAGGCGCAGCAGUCGCUAAAAGCCAGAGGAAGAGAAAACACAAAACGUGCUGCUGGAAGUUUGUUGAACAAGCGCAGCACUGGCACUGGGGAGGGAAACCGGGCAGACACGAGACAAACAGAUGGCUCUUCAUCAAAUUUUGCCCCCCGGCGCUCGCAGCGGCAAGUACUUGAAGAGACAGAAGAAUCUUUUCUCGAGGAAAGCCAAGAAGCCGCAAGUAAAGAAAUCGACCCAAAGGCCGGCUGGAAGAUGGCUGCCGACGGGCCGCUGCCAGCAGCACUGGCUGCUGCUGCUCUGCGGAUCGAAGCUGCUCUUUGUCAGCAGCAGUUUCACAAGCAGCAAAUGAUUUACAGAAGCUUCAGGGCGCUGCAGCUAGCUGAAGAUGCACUUGAAGCACAACCCACAGAUAUGGGAUCCCACACAGGAAUUAGGACAGGCUUUGGAGAAGAUGCGGAGGAGAAGCAGCGGGACGCGUCUGACUCCGACGAGGCAGAAGACGAGCAGCAAAGCGGGGGCAGCCGGCAGCAGCUCAAGGAGCUGCUGGACUUCGAUGGCCGCGCGCUGUGCGACGGCCAUGGGGUGAGGGCUCUGGCGUAUCACCCAGUGCACAAAGACACUCUGUGUGCUGCUUACAGCAGCCCCGCUUACGACUGCAGCAAGCGGCGGACUGGAAAGCUGCUUCUCUGGUCCAUUGCAAAUCCGCUGCACCCUCAGCGAGUCAUUAACUGCAAGACAGGAGUAACUACUGUUGAGUUCGGGCCUUCGCAGCCCAACCUUCUCGCAGCUGCAACAGCAGCAGCUGCUGCUGCUGCUGCACCCGCCAGAGCGAGACGAGCAGCAGAACUGGAGGUGCUGCUGGGGUUCUGCAUCACAGCGAGAGUUGCCUGCAGCCCCAGCGCCCUGGGCGAACGCAGCAGCAGCAGCACCAGCAGCAGCAGCAGCAGCAGCAGCAGCAGAAGCCGUCGCCCGUGUGCGCUGCUGCUUUCAGGGGGCAUGGUGGACGGUGGGGUUGGUGUUUGGGAUGUCCGGGUGCCUCGCGAUCAGCCAGUGCUGCACAGCGCCGGCAGCGAAGGAGUGUUGGGCUGCCAGCACUCGGACACUGUUUGGGACUUGAAGUGGAUUUUAAAGGAAGGGACGGAGGGCCUUCUUACCACAGGGGGCGACGGGCAGGUCCUUCAGUGGAGCAUGCAAAAAGGCCUGACUCACUCGGUGGCGAUGGUGGUGCGGCGGACUGCGAACGCGCAGCUGCUGCAGGUGACGGCGCGCAAGAAAGACAUGAGUCGCAGCCGCUUCUUCAGCUACGCCUCGGGGCUGUCGCUGGACGUGGCGGCCCACGGCGAUGGCAGCAGCCUUUACUUCGUCUCCACCGACGGCGGCGCAAUUCACAAGUGUUCGUUGGCUUAUAACGAGCAGUUCCUCGCCACGUACUUGAGCCACAAGGCCCCUGUUCGCACGGUGCGGCUAAGUCCCUUCUCCCCGAACUUUUUGCUGAGCGGCUCCGCCGACUGGACUGUGCGGCUGUGGCCAGUGGCCCGCAGCGAGGCGGAGGCGGAGGUGUUCAUCUCUACGGAGGCGCCCAGCGCGGUCAGCGACGUUUGCUGGUACGCACCUUGUGCGCCUGUGGUAGUGGUGGGGGACGACGAGGGCUGCAUAAGCCUCGUCAGCAUCCAAGAGGAAGCUGUUCCUGCCUACUCUCGACAGGAACAGCAAGAGCGCCUAGAGCAGGCCUUUCAGGCCAGGGCCAGCCAGCACCAGAGAGGGCCGGCUCAAGAGGCCUCAGCAGAGGCUUCUUGA